UAGAAUAUUUUCCUGCAGAAUUAUAUCUUCUAACAAAAUUAGAAUCAAUCAAUGGAAAUAAUAAUAUUUUAACAAAUUUUAUUACACCUGGAUCAAUUGUUAAUCUAAAUGAUUUGUCAUGUUUACGCAAUGUCAAUUUAAGUCAUAAUCAUUUAACGGAAUUUCCUGUGGAAUUAUGUUUAAAAUCAAUACCGAUUAAUGUGAUUGAUUUGUCAAAUAAUCAAAUUAGUAUUAUACCAAAUGCUAUUGGUUCAUUACAAGCCAUUGAAAUUAAUUUGAAUUCCAAUAAAAUAUCAGUUAUAUCUAAAUGUAUUGCACAAUGUGAACGUUUAAAAGUUUUACGCUUAGAUCAUAAUUGUUUACGAUUAGAAAAUUUCCCAAUUGAAUUAUUAACUGAAUCACAAGUUUCAUUAUUAUGUAUCAAUGAGAAUUUAUUCAAUAUGAAAGAUUUUUAUAAUUUACCUGGUUAUUCAAAGUAUAUGGAACGUUUUACAGCAACAAAGAAAAAAGCUGCUUAAAAGAAAAAGAUUUUUUUUAAAGAAAAAACUGCACACAAUUCUUCUUGGUAGAAAUCAAUUGCAACUAGUCCACUGAUCAUGUGCUAUCUGUGACUAAAUAACUAACUAACUAAUUGUCGCUUCGCUAACUUUUCACAUAUGUAUACAUAGAUAUAUAUAUGUGCCUGCAUGUGUGUGUGUAUGAGAUCAUGAUUUCAUAAACUACAAUUAUUGAGAAUUAACAAACUGUUUACCAAAUACCAAUUCACCCCCCCUCCUUCUACUUGUCUAUUUUUAAUUUUCUCUUAUUUCUUUCUGUCAAUUAUUAUGUUUGUUUGUUUUUUCUCGAAAAGAAAUAUAUUUACACAAGUUGUUUCUUUAUAGUAGUAUGAAAGAAUACAAUGUUGAGUAAUAUAGUUUAUUAUUAUUAAUAAUUAA